GCGAUCCCGAUCUUCUGCUACGAUGGUGCGGUAGAUGCAUGUGCUGAAGUUUUGGGAGAGGCUCCCCGAGGCAGUGAGGGAGAUAGUGAGGCAGGCGGGCUUCGGGGAGUUCGUUGGGGUGUUGACAAGGGCGAGCAACGAUCGUCAGGUGGUGAGGGCAUUUGCCGAGAGGUGGUGGGAUACGACGAACUUGUUCCACUUCUCUUUUGGCGAGAUGACGGUGACGCCAUUGGACUUUGCGGCGAUCAUCGGUUGGAGGUGACCCUAUCCCCUUUGACACCGCGACGGGGAGGAGUGCGGAGUUCCAGAGGCUGAUGGUGGGGUAUGUACUGAGGGCGGAGAUGGAUGAUGCCCAGUAAGCACAGCUUUUGGGGUUUUGGAUGGAGGAGCUCCCGACGGACGGGGAACAGGAGGAGCAGAUGGCGAGGUGCUUUUUGCUGUACAUGCUCGGUGCGUCCCUAUUUCCCAACAAGCGCAACCGAGUACACCUUUCGCUCUUGCCGGCCAUGAGGGACGUCGAAGAGAUUGCCUGUUCUGACUGGGGAGGUGCAGCCCUGGGGACGUGCUAUGCCUUCAUGGGAUCUCUCUCCCGAGGGGCAAGAGUGAGCCUCAAUGGGUACUGGAGGGUCUGAGAGCUUUGGACGUAAAAGGUACUAGGCAUGUACCCUCCCGAGACCAUGUGCUCGGAUGACACAAUACUCCCUCGAGCCUUGCAUUGGUCGAAGGAGUAUAGAGGGGUGAAGAAGGGGAAGGGCAAUCUGAAUGCCUUCCGUCUCUUUCUGGAUGAGCUGCGUCCUGACCAGGUCUACUGGAGGAUCUGGGAUCGCUUCGAGGUCCCUUACGUCACGCGAAGCAAGGAGGUGACGAGGGGGAAAGUGCUUUUCGAGUCCCCUUACGGCUGGCAGUGGAACCUGGGUGACCAGGUAUCACGUCAGUCGCUAAGGCUGGAUGCUUUCGAGUCCUUGGGCCACUCCCUCCUCUGAUGCAGAGGACGAGUCAGUACACUCGGGGAGAGGUUGAGCGGUUCAUGAGACCAGACCCCGAGCUGGAGCCGUUCUUUCAGGCGGGCACUGGUUGUACUGCUGACUACACCGAGUACCAGGCUCAGUACCUGAUGCAGAGCCUUGGGAUACGUGAUGCUUGGGAGGUGACGCAGCCAGCGCGAGGCAACAGAGGUGGUAGAGGCGGUAGAAGUGGAAGAGGGGGAAGAGGUAGCAGGAGAGGAGAUGGAGGUAGAGGAGGUGGAGGCCGUGGUGACGACGUGGGUCAGAGCGGGGCCAAGUUGCCUGCGUUUUCCAGGAUAGUGGACGUGGUGACCACUUAGGGAGUCCCUGGCCUGGUGGAAGUGCCACGUCUUACAGUCGAGCCUCUAAAGUUUCUUGCUCAGGUGACUCUGGAGUAUGCCAGGGAAAUGGCAGUGGCCAUGAUGGGCCUGGAGCAGCUGGUGCGUCAAUAUGUCAUGGGUCAUCCCCCGACAGUACUGACUCGCGUUGGAGGGACGAUGGCUAGAGGAUGGGCUGCUCAAGGACUACGCAGGAAGUCUGUUCGCAUGCCUAUGCAACAGGCUUCCUUUGCUGGCUCUCGAGAGGAGCGUCCAUCAAAGAGACAGCGACACUCUGGUGGCACCGAGGAGGAGCCUAUUACCAUUUCAGACAAGACCGAGGAGCCUAUAGACGUUGAUCUGGAGGACACCUCCGGCAGUACCGUGCCUAGGGUGACUCGCACUCAGAAGGUUGUCAGCUCCGAGGUAGAGGAGGAUGUCUCUGAGGAGGACGAGGAGCAGGGUGAGGAUAGAGAUGACUCUUUUUUUGCUUUUUGUCUUUUGACGGAGCCGACGUGCUUCCCUUUGUAGGAUGCCUGUUUACCCUUGGUAAAUAGGAUUUUGUGCAUCAGGCUUGCAAGCCUUAUUUUACUUAUGUACUUCGACUCAUGGAUGCCCAGGAUUUUAUGUAUAGAAAUGGUUCUUUCAA